AUGGCACAGACAGAUAAACCAAAUGUUGAUGAGUUCAGAGAUAUAAUUCUGCAAGUAGCAGACGAAAAGGGCAUCGACCCCGCCAUCAUAGCAGCUAUAAUCAGCCGUGAGUCUCGUGGUGGCACUCAACUGCUUGAGGAUGGAUCGGGAAGGUAUGACGAAAAUGGGUUUGGACUUAUGCAGGUUGACCAGGACUCGGGACCAGUAGGUGGACCUAGAAGUAUUGAGCAUAUCCGACAAGCCACAGACAUCCUCAUCGAAAAAAUCAAGGGAAUACAAAACAAUUUUCCCGACUGGACUCCAGAACAGCAGCUUAAAGGAGGCAUUGCAGCUUACAAUAUUGGCGUUAAACAGGUUUGGACUUAUGAAAACAUGGACGAAGGCACAACAGGAGACGAUUAUGCUAAUGAUGUUGUGGCAAGGGCACAGUGGUACAAACAAAAUGGAUAUUGA